AUGGCGUCUCGAUUCGUCAAAAACUUCGUCAAUCGAAAUCCGCGAAACAAUGAGCUUAUGGGUAGACAAGCAGCAAACACAGGAUAUCAAUUUGAGAAGGACAGAGCUUCUCGGAGUUAUAUUUACAAGGUAGAAUUAGUGGAAGGGAAAUCGCAUCGAGAGGGUCGUCUAGUUCACUAUCAGGAUGGAGUUGUUGUCAGGGCUUCUACAAAAGAACCAUCCAUUGCUAAUCAACUGUACAGUAAAACGGACACCUCAGCUGCCUUGAACAUUGGUAGAGUUUUAGCUCUUCGUUGUCUUCAAUCGGGAAUCCACUUCGCAAUGCCUGGUGCCACGAAAGAAGCCAUUGAGAAGAGUCAACAUCAAACCUAUUUCUUCAAAGCUCUCCAGGAGGAAGGUCUCACCCUCAACGAACCAUCUCAUUUUGAACAUUCCUAUGAAACCGACAAAUCGUUCACUUGGAAGAGGUAUCCUCUGAAACCAACGCGUCAAGACAAGCUCGACGAAUUAUAA